AUUUCUGCCUUUACUAUUCAAGCUAUGAACUAAGAUUCAAGCAGAUUAGUGAAACAAGUGCUUGAAUCUAAGCUAGUGAAGCUGAGUUUGUUAUCAUGUUGCAUUGUGCAUUUCAAGAGAGGAACCUAUUUUCUUUCGCUGAAAUACGGAAAAACCGUAGCACAGUGAUAGCUAUAGUGAGUGUGUGUUACAUAAACUACCCUAUUAAGAUGAGCUAGAGAUCACAUGUCUACGUCCUAGGGAGCCUCAGCUACUUGCUGCAAGGUUAUUGUCAGUUGCCUCCCACAAUAUUCUUUUCAUGAAGAAUCUGUUUUCUACAAUUAACUUAGAAUUUCAGAAUGCUCAUGCAAUCCACAAAUUCAAAGGCUGUUAGACAUUUAACAAGGAUCUUCACCGUUCUCAUCUUUCAGGCAUUGCCCGUAACAGAACUGUGAAGCAGUUAUGCUGGACUCGGAACAACUGUCAUGAAUUCCAGCAGAGUGAGGCCACAAUGGAUCAAACUGGGAAUGAUAUAGUGCCAGAAGAUCCAGAGCAGAAGAAACAGUCUUUCUCUUUUGGUUGUAAAGUGUCAGAAUUGUUGUUGUCCCUCAGAAAUAUUAAAAAUGAGCAGGAAAAGUACCGAUGGCUUUUGGAACAAAUGCACAUCUCUCUCUUUCAUACCAUACAGUCAGUUGUAAGAUCUAAUAACUGGGAUGCUGCAGCACGUAACAAAUGCAGUUUUCUUUGUCGUGAUUUUGUUAGUGGCAUUUAUUCACAAAUAGAUUUUGUAAAGAAAAAUGCUGACUCACCAAGAACAGAAAUGACAAUCCCAGGCAGUUUCACAUCUGAAGAUGUCAAACAGCUGCUUAAAUCAAAGCCAAAAAUAUCUGUUGCUGGAGGACACAAAAAAUACGAUGUUUGUGGCCCACUGCAAAAACUUAUUUUACCUUACGUGUUUCUGAUCAAAAGUUGCCUUCCAAUGCCAGUUUCUUUGAUCCAAGACAAAUGUUUCAGCGGGGAGAUAUUAUGCAAGAUACAAUAUUUCAGGAAAGAGAAAAAGCUCCAGCCAGCAUUUGAGACUUCUGCCAUUUCAAAAUUACACAGUUCUGAAGUGUCAGAAAUACCAUAUGUGAUCUUCCAUAGUCUGAGGGGACUGCAGUGGAAAUUGUAUAAAGGCAUGGCGAAGAGGAAGGAGCCUUUCCAAAUAUUUUGGAGAGAAGCAAAUUACAGAACUUUCACAAUAUUAGAGGAAAAACCUGAGAAGACAGACUACAUCCUCCCUUUGAUUUUUAAGGAUUCAAUAAUUUUCUCAGUUUAUCCUGCAUAUCCUGUUCUACGCCUUGAAUUUAAGUGGAAAUGACUGCAGUUCAGCAGAAAAGGAAAUAAAGCUGCAAGUACCUUAGGCAAUUAAAAAGCUAUUGUUAUUUUUAAUUAUUCUUCUGACUAUAGUAGUGGCUUGAAUUUGAGCCUGGAGCAUGACUUCCUCACACUAUCCAAACACAGCAUAAUAAAAUGACUCCCGGAGAUUUUUUGGCUUCUCAGUGUGGAGCAGCUGAAGGGAAACAUAAGCCUUCAGACAAAGUUCACAUAUUUCUCCAUCUCUCCAGGAAUAUAAGUUGCUGUUUGUAUAAAAAAUGUUAUCUCUUUUUCUGUUAAAUGUAGUUCUCAGUCUAGGGAGUCUGGCUCAGUUAACUGCUACCCAAGAUACCCCCAAAUCAGAUGUUGUUUUGGAAGUAGGCAUGUUCUAGGACAAGUCUGUCCUUCCUUUCCUCAUCUUUCUGCCUUUUAUACACCCCCCCCCUUCUUUUUUUCUUCUUAUUUGUCACUUCUAUAUUUCUCCAUUCUUUUCUACUUUCUCUUCAAACAAUGCCUUGGUUCUUUUUUAAUCACCCUUUUUCUCUCUCUUCUUGUUAGUCAUGAAUCGAUCUUCGCAUGCAGAUGCCCAGGGGACAGCCUCUCUUUCAGUUUGCUUUGCUUCAGGAGUGAAUUUCCCAUAUGUAUUCCUCCCCCUUCUCCCAUUUUCCUUUGACACAUCAGGCUCUCCUGUUUUAUGAUAGGAUUCUCUCCAUCCUAAUUACAAAGGGGAUCACUCUG